CCACACCUUUCGUUAAUUGAAACAAAAUGGCGGAUGAGUCCUUAGGAUGUUGUGGGAUUUGUUCAAGAAUUAUCCUCGUCUGUGUCAACCUGUUCUACCUUGUUUUAGGCAUUGGUUUGAGUGGUUUUGGUAUAUUAUUAACAAUAUAUCAUAAAUACUUGGACAGUUUAACACAAGAAGACUAUACCCUGCCCUCCAUUGCACUCAUGAUUGUAGGACUGGUUGUACUAAUAAUGUCAAUUGUUGGAAUAAUUGGAGCAGCAACUGGAAACUGGUGUCUGUUGCUUUAUUAUUCUUUUUACAUUGUUGGUCUGGUUGGUCUACUGAUGGCUGGAGGGGUGUGGCUCAUCAAUCACAAUAGUAGAAUAGAGAACAACAUGAACAAGUCCUUCCACAAUAUGAUUAUGAAUUACUCGUCAGAUGAUUCUGAGAAUUAUAAUCCAACUAUUAACACUGUUGUGGAUUUUAUACAACAUACUUUUGAUUGUUGUGGUGAUAAAAGUCCCUGGGAUUGGUUGUUCCUUAACUCUCAUUAUGUUAUCAAGAAUGGACCACCUCCCAGUUGUAUGUGUAACCAAGACACUGACGCAGGUCAAGACUCAAAGUGUCUUUUUUUUAAAGUUGAUAAUACUCGAUUUUCUCUAUUUGUUUGGAAAACGGGCUGCAAUGAAACUUUAUAUGGUGCAUUUAAUAACAUCAUCAAUGGAAUUGGAAUCACUUUUGUGUCUCUAUCUUCUUUUACUGUUUUUAUAUUUUGCCUAAGUUGUGGCGUGUGCCUUUGUUCUGUCUGUGGAAGGAAGAGGCAGAGAAGAGUCUAUCAUUUUGAAACAACAGCAGCUGCUACUCCUUCAGCUCCCCCUCCUCAAUAUGGAAGCACUGAUGAUGUUAACCAGUUCCUAAUCAAUUAAACAGCAAAUCAGUUAAUGUAUUUUGUAUCAUCAAUUAUCCAGUCUCUUGCAACUGUUUUUACAUGAAUAUUAGAUCUAAUUAAA